AUGGCGAGCCAAGAGCGGAGAAAUGAUUCCCUCAGGCCACGGUUUCUGAGAAGUCCAUCCAAGGCCGGCAAGGCACACAAAGUUCUUCUCUCGUUUGGCGAGCUGCCGGAAUGGCAUCAAGAUAAUGAGUACAUUCUUCAUGGCUAUCGCCCGAUCUCAGGCUCGGCUCAAAUAUCAUUCCGCAGUUGGACAUACAUUCACAAUGAGUCGGUAAACAUAUACUCUCACCUAAUACCAGCAGUCGCCUUUCUGCUCGGCGAGUGGUAUAUUCAAGAGUAUCUUACAAGUAGAUACUCCAGCAUCACUGGCGCUGAUUUCUUCAUUUUCACCUUCUUCCUCUUGACUACCGUUGCCUGCCUGGGGCUGUCAACGACAUACCACACCUUGAUGAACCAUUCCCACGAAGUUGAACAAUUAUGGCUGCGACUUGACCUGAUAGGUAUAGUAGUGUUGACAUUAGGCGACUUUGUAUCUGGAAUAUACAUGGUCUUCUGGUGUGAACCGUUGCAACGCAAGAUCUACUGGUCUAUGAUUGGAAUCCUCGGAUUGCUUACCAUCUUCAUAGUGGUAAAUCCCAAAUUCCAGGGCCAAACGUUUCGCGUUUUCCGGGCACUUACGUUCGUGGCGACUGGCUUGUCUGGCUUUGCACCAUUGAUACAUGGAGUCAGGAUGUUUGGCGUCUCGCAAAUGAUGAAACAAUCUGGGAUGCCCUAUUAUCUGAUCGAAGGAGGCUUUCUUCUAAUUGGGGCUUUGGUUUAUGCAGUAAGCCUCCAGAUUUCGCACAUGAUGGGAAUUGAUUCUAACUUCUAUGGUUCUACAGACUAA